CUCUUCUACGUUCUCCUCCUCUCCCUGACUCUUGCUCCUCCCUCCUCUUUCCUUCCACCAGGGCGUCCGACAUUCCUUUGAGCAAGCAUCCUCGACGUCCAUCCACGCCCUUCGAUCCAUCCGCCCGCACACCUGGUCUCAUUGUCGACCCACCAAAAGCUCUUCGUCUCCCCCCUUCUCCCUUUCCCUCUCCCUCUCUCUCUGCGCGCGCACAUAUAAAAGAAUGCACAUCCGGUCUUCCGCUGCCCUCCUUCUCGUCUCUCUCGCCGCAUCUGUCCUGGCGCAGACAACAACAUUCUACGGCCCUCUCACGACAAACAAUGGUGUUGCCGCCUGCGUUCAAUACGGAAGCUGCACCACUGCCUCUGGCUCGCAAGUGACUGAGACGCAGCAGGCACCCGUGACGCCGCCGGCGUCAUCGCAGGCCAUCGCCGCGCCGACGGACUCUGUCCAGUCGGAGCUCUCCAUCUCGGCCCUGGCCGCGCAGGGCGCCGAGGCCGCCUACUCGAGCCGCGUCGCCAACGGCCAGGGCAAGAGCGGAUCGGGAAACGGCGCCACCUCGGCAAACCUGACGGGCACCGUCAUUGCCGGCACCACGCCCACCAGCGUGCCCGCACAGUCGACUGGCCAUGCAGACGCAGCCGUCGCUGCCCCGCAGUUGGCCUCCCUCGGUGGCGGCGCACGGACACUCGCUUGGUCCCUCGCCAUCGUUGCCGGUGCAGUCGGGGCCGGCGCUGUCGGUCUCUAAUCCUCGAUUUCUCGGAAUCCUCCUUCGUGGCUCCUUGGCCCCUCUUUUCCUCGAUAUCCCCAGUCUCGGUUGCUUGAACACACAAACCCCCCUCUCCCUUCGCUUCUUUUUGUUUCGCAAGACCAGACUGGUCCAUUUGUUUCAUCUCCUUGACACACUCUCGUCUGUGCUAACUUCCAGCUAUUGUGUUCUCCUGUCUUAGUCCUUUCCACUACACUCGUCGUCGCCCGGCUCUCAAAGUAAUCAACUGUGACCGCGCAUUCAAAAACAGC